CUCCGUUCCUCUGGGGCCAUUUAACUGACCGGCUGAGCGUUCUUCCAAUGGCUCCUCAUGGGAUACAUCCAGGGACAUCGCUGGUGGCGCUAUGGCGAGACGACGAAGUAAUGAUGCUCGUCGUCGUAGGUGCACCUCUCGCCAGACAUCUGUUGCCCCCUCUCCUGUCUACCGUGUCCGCUACCAUCGAGCAUAUCCCCAACAAUGUCUGUUGACGACUUCACCGCUAAUGGCUUCACACGAAGAAAGAAAGCCAGUCUUUAUGGAGACCUCCCGCUCACGCAGUCGCAGACGUUCAGCUCCUCGACCUUCUGUCCGACGGAGCAGUCGGGCACACAGUCCACCACCCGUUGAAGAAGAAUCUACUGAAUUCUCCGCGUCGCCUCGUUUUCGUCCAAAAGAAGACAAAUCAUACCGCCUUGAAAUCGUUCAACAUCCCAUAAAAUGCGCUGAGUUUGGGAACUCGACUUUGACACGUCUACCCCUAGCUCCUCCAUUAAUUGUUCAGCUGCACAUUCGAGGCCAAGCCACAGUAGGUGAGAUAGACGAAGUUGAACUUCCUUUCCUUGUCGCCCAACUCUCUCUUUAUAGUGCCGAUGGCGCCACUACCAUGGACCAGCCUGAAGUUGGUAGUGGCCAUUCACGUUCCGACCGCAUGUUAUAUGGCAGUUUGGUCGCCUCACCGCAAAUCUUACGCAAUUACCAAGGCAGACAGGGUGUUUACUUUCUAUUCCCAGACGUGAGCAUCCGUUGGCGGGGGCAGUUCCGAAUUGGUGUAUCGCUUUUGCGACUCCCUGGGAGUAUACCCGAGCCUCGACGUGACAACUCAGGAAACGUACUUGCCCGUGCACAAACUUACCCAUUUGACGUCGUGCCGCGCAGCGAAUACACUGCACCCGCGCAGACGCCAUUGACUCAGUACUUUGUACAACAGGGUGCCCGAAUGACCAGUUCUUCCCUUCGAGCCCCUGCGAUUCGAUAUAGUUAGACUUUUCUUUUUUGUCGCCUUUCUUGGAGAUCUUGAUGGCUGUUUCACUUUGUUGUACUCGUAUUUUACCUUCUUAGACCGGGUCUUGUAGUGUUAGGCAUGGGCCUUGUGGUGCCGUAUUUUCGUUCGAUUGUGCUAGGUGCCGCGAUUGAUGGCAAUGUCAUGUCUUGUAAUUUCGAUCCGAACUAUCUAGUAGCUAUGUGAUGCCAUAUGGAGCUCCCAUUAUUAGCUU